AUGUUGACACAGAAGGUUGCUGAGGCACCGGCCCUCGACACGGAGGCAACCACAGUGUCGACGCCAGCCGUGGUAGCCGCGGCGCUGCCGGAGGCUGAAGGUGACGUCUCUGAAAGACCUCAAGAACCACCAGAGGCUGCAGAGCUUGCGGACAGUGAAGACACAAAGAAAGAGGUGGAUUUGCCCACGCCCAGCCCGGAGGAGUUGGCGGAAGCUCGCAGAUUGGACCAAGAGGAGCGCCUGCGAAAGCAGAAGCUGCAGUUGGAAAUGUGCCAGUUUCGAGAGCUUCUCUCAGCGCCCUGCCUGGUGCUGGUGGUGUGCGGCUUGCCUCUGCCAGAGAUUUUGGCCCUGCGCGCAGUGAACAGCUCUGCGCUGCACUGGGCCAUGGACAGUGCUAUCGCGCACUUGGGCGAGGUGUGUCAGGCACACCAUCGUAUCCGCACACGGCUUUGGAUCCAGCGACUGGAGGAGAUCAAUCGUCAUACCACCGAUGAGAGCCUGUAUGACUCCAAAGUGCGGCGGCUUGCCGAUGAAGCACUUCGUCGCCGGAUGGAGGCUGAGAUGGCAGAUGCUCGGCAAGACAUGGAGAAUCGCAUCCGUGACUUUCAUGUCGAGGUCGAUCGUCGGAUGGAAGCACAGGCGGUGAGAGUCCAUGCCAUUGUUGAGGAGCGUGUGCAGCAACAACUGGACACCAUCCUGGCAGCAGAGAUGGAGAAGGUUCGGGUCUUGGUGGAAGAGCGGGUGCAAGGUCGCGUUCGACAGGUUGUCCAAAGAGAAGUCUACGCCACUGUUUGCGAGAUGCAGGCCAAACUCGCCACCCUCGCCAAGGAGAAUGAGAAGUUGCGGGCGGUCUUUUUGGAACACUUGGAACACUCCGACCUGUGUUUUCGGUCGUUGGUUUGGGCUCUGAGCCCGACUUCCACUGGAUUGUUUGCAAGAACCCUGCGUCUGAUCUGGUGUUGUCGACGACGCUUCACGCGCUUUUCUGCAUGGAUGUUGGGCGUGCCAAUGGAUUCACGCCGGGACAUCCUGCGACAGCGACUGGAGCUGAUGCACUAUUUAGGCAGCUUGCGACAUCCGGACCGAGACCGAGAGUCGCCCAGACGCCAUGAGCGAGCCAGUGAGCUGGGUCGGCAGAAGCUUCUGGCAGCCCUGCAAGGCGUGGAGGCAGCCGAAGCUGAGGCCCUGUCAGAGGAUUCUUCCUCAGAGGUGCAACCUGGGCCUUUGGAACGAGCAGUACGGGACUUGCCUCGGACUUCCGGAGAACUCGUGGCAGCCGCCUUGAGCGCCAGAAGACAGGUGCAAGGGGAACGCGUGCAGGACGCAGAGCAAAGACGACCACGAAGUUCCAGCCAGGAUUCGAGUGAAGCCCGCCUGACAGAGCCUCCCAGCGAGGAUGAUGCUGAUUCCGAGGACAUCAGACAACGCGAGGAUGCCGAUGAUCUCUUCGAAGAGGGCGUCAUCGAGGUUGGAAGAGAUACUUUACGUUUUCAACUGGGUCUUCCACAUGAACGCACACACGAGGCAAAUGCCGUGGGUGACGAUGACACUUUUGAGGACAUAGAAGACGAGGAGUUUUUUGAACUUGAGGAUCUUCAGGAUCUGGACGAGAGCUGCGCGGAAGUUCCCAGUGUUCUCAACGCCUGAGGAAACCCACCUCUGAAUGCUGAGAAGCAACGUGCAGACUGCCCAAAUCCUUCAUCCUGAAGGUCGCUUCAAGGCAAUGAUGGC